AUGUCCCAAGUCUACGUUACUUUGAACAACGGUAUCAAGAUCCCUCAAGUUGGUUUUGGAUGCUGGAAACUUGUCAAUGAGGUUGCAGCUGACCAAAUCUACGAGGCCAUCAAAAUUGGAUACAGACUGUUUGAUGGUGCCCAAGACUAUGGUAACGAGAAGGAGAUUGGCCAGGGCAUCAAGAGAGCAAUUAAGGAGGGAAUUGUCAAGAGGGAAGACCUAGUUGUAGUUUCCAAGCUAUGGAACAGUUUCCACGAUCCCAAGAAUGUGGAGGUUGCCAUCAACAAGGUUUUGUCGGACUUGGACUUGGAUUACCUUGACAUCUUUUACAUUCAUUUCCCAAUUGCGCAAAAGUUUGUUCCAAUUGAGAAGAAGUACCCACCUGGAUUUUACUGUGGUGAAAAUGGAUGGGAAUUUGAAGAUGUUCCUCUCUCUGUUACUUGGAAGGCAAUGGAGAAUUUGGUUGACCAAGGUAAAGUUAAAUCGAUUGGUAUCUCAAACUGCAAUGGUGCCCUAGUUCAGGAUUUGCUAAGGAGCGCCAGAAUCAAGCCACAGUUGUUACAGAUUGAACACCAUCCAUACCUCGUUCAACCAAGGUUGGUUAAAUACGCACAGGAUAACGGCAUCCAUGUUGUAGCAUAUUCCUCCUUUGGCCCGCAAUCAUUCCUUGAAUUGGACCAUCCAAAGGCUAAGGAUACUGUGUCAUUGUUUGAACACGACACCAUCAAGGAGAUUGCAGCCAAACAUAAUGUUUCCACAUCCAAGGUGUUGUUGAGAUGGGCCACCCAAAAUGGCGUUUUGGUUAUUCCAAAGUCCAACAGGAAGGAGAGACUCUUGGAGAACUUUUCGGUGAAUGACUUCCAGUUGGAUGAGGAAGAUAUGAACAAGAUCACCGGUCUAGACAUGAAUCUGAGAUUCAACGACCCAUGGACAUGGGGGGCUGAGAUUCCAACUUUUGUGUAA